UCAGAUGGAAGCCGAUCUCUCCUCUGAACAGGACCUCUCCUGCUCCAUCUGUCUGGAUCUCUUCAUCCAGCCGGUCUCCAUUCCCUGCGGACACAACUUCUGCCAGGCCUGCAUCGGGGGCUACUGGGCCUCGGGCUCCGGCUCCGGCUCCGGCUCCGGCUCCGGCUCCGUGUUCUGCUGCCCGCUGUGCAAGCGCGAGUUCCAGGAGCGGCCCGAGCUCAGCAUCAACCGUGUGCUCGCACACAUCACACAGAAGUAUAAAGAGAUGCGGUACGGCGGGCCUCCCGAACCCAAGCCGCGGCAGAGAGUCGCUAACGGAGCCGGUCCCGGAGUCGCUAACGGAGCCGGUCCCGCAGAGCUGAUCCUGUGUGACGUGUGCAGCGGCGUGAAGAGCCCGGCCGUGCGCACCUGCAUCACCUGCACCGCCUCGUACUGCGAGCUGCACCUGCUCCCGCACCAGAACACACUCUUCUACUCCUCACACCGGCUCCUGGACCCCCACGAGGCCCUCAGGGGCCGCACCUGCCCCGAACACGGGCGCCUGCUCGAGGUCUACUGCCGCACCGACCAGAAGUGUGUGUGUGCCAUCUGUGUGCUGGAGGAGCACCGCACACACACCACCGUCUCCGUGCAGACGGAGCGCGCCAGCAAACAGAGGCUUCUGGGUAAAACAGAGCUGGACCUGCAGACGUGCAUCGACAACAGAAAGGCUCAGCUGACGGAGAUGAAGAACAAACUACACGACUUGCAGAGCUACUCUCAGGCCGAGCUGGCGGAGCUCGAGCAGCUUCUGUCUGACGUCACACACUCCGUGCAUCGCAUCCGGGCGGAGCUGGUGGGCGGAGUCGAGCAGAGGAGAGAGGCUGUGAUUGGCCGAGGGCAGAGCGCCGUGUCCCAGCUGGAGGAGGCGCUGGCGGAGCUGCAGGAGCGCAGGGCUCGGCUGGAGGCGCAGGCGGUGUCCCACGACCACAUCGGCUUCCUCCAGAGUUUCGAGGAAGCCCACGGGCCGCUCGGCGCCGCGGUGGACCCGCAGGAGGAGGACGACUUCUCGCUGAGCUUCUCGCUCGGGGACGUGAAGGCCGCUUUAGGAGAGAUCCGCGAGCGACUCGACAGCAUCCGCCUCGGGGAACUGCGUCACAGCAUCCGCCUCGGGGAACUGCCGGAGAGCGAGAGUAUGGGGAGCGUCCGGUCGCUGAGGAAGAAGGACUGGUCACUGAAAGGUACACGUUGAAUGUUUUGUGUUUUAGGGCACAAGAAGGUUAAAGGUUAUCUCGAGGACGUGACCCUGAACCCCAUGUCGGCGUACCCGUUCCUGAUCCUGUCUGAGGACCGCAAGCAACUGAAGCGCGGAGAGAAACUGCAGUUCUACAGGAACAGCUCUCAGCGCUUCGACGUCUGGUCCUGUGCGCUCGCGAAACACGGAUACGAGUCGGGACGCCACUACUGGGAGGUGAGCGUGGGGGAGAACCGCGACUGGAAGCUGGGAGUGGUGUGUGAGUCUGCGCAGAGGAAGGGUCUGUUCGACAUGACGCCCGCCAGCGGAUACUACGCGCUGUGGUGGAGCGGGAGCCACUUACGCGCGCUGACCGCGCCGCCGCUAGCGAAGGUGCGCGUUGCCGGACACCUGCGGCGCGUGGGGGUGUACCUGGACCUGGAGGAGGGGCAGCUGAUCUUCUACAACGCCAAGAGCGGCUCCGAGCUGCACUCCUUCACGGCCCAGUUCCCGGAGAAGAUGUUCCCGCUCUUCGGAACCGCAGAUAAAGACGUCCCGCUGGUGCUGAAGAGUGCGGUUCCCAGCGUGCCGGAGUGAGCGGGGGCGUGGGGGCU